AUGGAUAAAAAAUUUCUAAAAACCUCUUCAUCAUCCGAUCUAGAUAAUGAAAGGAAUCUUCAGUCAACGUCUCAUUUAUCAUUGUUUCCAUCUUUACAUUCAACUAUAGUUUCGAAUGAAACAUACAACGAUAUAGAUGAAAUCGAAAAUCAAAAUUUUCUUUAUGAUAAUUCUACUUUUUCACGAUCAUCAACAAUGAUUCGAUGGCAAUCAGAAAUGGAAAACUUGAAUUUUCGUUCGAGUUUUUCUCAACAACAGCAACUUUCAUCUGGGGAAUCCUGUUUUGCUAAAGAUGUUUUGAAAAAUGUACCCACAUCAUCAUUAUCAAAUGUUUUAAUCUCACCGAUGUCUCGCUUAUCAGCAUCAUCAUCCGUGAUGUCAUUCAACAAUAUUUCUAAUCACAAAAAUUUUGAGCAACAAACGGCUCGAUCAACAUUAACCAGUUCAACGGAUCAAUUGAUCACAUCCAGUGAGAACAUCGAUCGUUUUACUACUGCACAAUCACGUCUGCCAUUGUCAACACCAUCAUCUAGCCGACAAACACUCGCCUCAGUCGACAACAUUCCUUCCAUUCUCAACGACAACGACCUACAACGAGUGCCACCUUCAUUCAGAUCUAUUUCUUCUUCCGCAACAUUUGGCAAUGGUCCUCUUCUUCAGUCUCAACCACAGCCUCAAGUCAUUCACACUGCCAACCGAUCCAAUCCCAUGCCAUCAUGGCGAGGUUACUUGCCCAUGAGAUUUGAGCCCAUGACCAUGGAUCAGUAUCAGAUCAAUACUCACUUCUCACAGAAAGUCUUUCUCGGUGGCAUUCCGCCUGAACUCACCGAAGCUGAGCUGUUGUUGGUGUUGAGAAAGUUCGGCAAGUGCAACAUCAAGUGGCCCAAAAACGAUGGACUCACUCAUAACAUGCCAGGUACUCCACUCUCAUUCUCACUUUGUCAUACCCUCACACCAUUCACACAGCACUGUACCCGACAACAACGAUCGACUAUCGACUACUUUCUUCAUAUUCACAUGUCACUGACAUCAUCAUCAACAACAACGACAAUGACAACGGCAGCUGGAGGUCCAUCUUCAGCAUCGUCGGGUCUUUCGCUUCGACCCAAUCGACUCAAACCAAUUCAAGUUGUGCCAUGGAACAUGAAGGACAACGUGUUUGUCGUUCAACAAGAAAAUAUUUCUACCAACGAUGCAUCCUACAAGGAUUGGUCACGAACAAUCUUCGUGUCACCACUUCAUGGCAAGAUGACGGCAUUCAGUUUGGCCACGAUCAUGGCCAAUGUGUUUGGCUCGGUGUCCAUGGCUCAGAUCAACACGGACAAGUAUGGUUAUCCAACGGGUACUGGAACAGUGUUGUUCUGUGAUUCGCAUAGUUACAUGCGGGCAGUGGCUGCAGGUGCAAUCGACAUCAAGUGUGACUGUUUUCACAAGUUGCUCGAUAUUGAUCCAUUCCUGCGUGAAAAUGAACCGUGUGCAUUUUGUCCAUCGGUUGCUGACUUGUUUUGUCGAAACUUCCAUUGUCUUCGAUCGUACUGCAAACAAUGUUGGGUGAAUCGACAUGGAUCAAAACCAUUGGCUGAUCACCAACCUGCUACUCGACGACAACAGAUAUUUUAA